CAAAGUAUGCAUUUAACCAUACUUGUCAAUGUCCUACCCAUGCUGUCACAUACGCUAUUGUGGCACAGAUAUAAACAUGAGUCCUCUAUCUAUCUCUAUGAGCUAGCCUAACCGGAGCCAGCUGUGUCAGAUGAAUAGAGAGAAAUAGCGUGUCAUUUGUUCAGAAACUUACUCUAACGUUACAAUUAUUGAAUUGUCAUCGAAAUAUUUGAAUAAUGGAUUUAAACAGUAUCCUGUUGCAGCUUGAAACUGACAAUGAAGAGGACAUUGAAAGGCUUUUGCACCAGUACAACGGAGAGAAUAAUCUAACAUUCACCUUUGACCCAAAAGGGGAGGAUCUACGAAGUAGGCUGUGUCAGGGCCUACUGACUGUGCUGGGGAGGCAGGUUGGGCCCCGCUGUCAGAGUACCUGCCUGGAGACCCUCCGCAUUCUGUCCCGAGACAAGCGGGUCCUGGGCCCUGUGGGAACCCAGGAGGGCAUGCUGGUCCUGGCCGGGCUGGCACGGUUGCGGGGGGGAGCGGAAGGGGGUGACAGCCUGCAGGGGGAGGUCCAGAUAGAGGAAAAAGAGAGGGUAGUGGUGGAGGCCCUCAAGUGCCUGUGUAACGUGGUGUUCAACAGCGCAGCGGCGCAGCAGGUGGGCGCCGACGUGCAGCUGGCACGGGGUCUGUGUGCCCGCCUGCACGCCGCCCGCACUGGGCGCCACGAGGUGGGCCUGUUCUCUCUGCGCCUGCUCUUCCUGCUCUCUGCGCUCCGACCAGACGUCCGGGGGGCACUCCGGAGGGAGCUGCGUGCCGUGGGGCUCCUCAAAGAGGUGCUGGAGGGUACCCUGGAUGUAUGCUGGGUGGGCCCCUACGAGGCGGCCCUUCCGGACCCCCAGGCCCUGCCCAUCCCUGCUGAAGACAACGAGAGGGCCAUGGAGGCCCUGAAAGCCCUGUUCAACCUCACGCUGUCUGACACUAGCGACGAGGAUGGUGACCACCAGCUCCGCCUCAUCACCGCCAUCAUGCGCCAUCUAUUGAUGCUAAAGACUCAGACAGAGGACAAAACAGAGGAAGCACACAGCCACGCGAUCAAUUUGCUUAGUAACCUGCCUGUGUCUUGUCUGGAUGUGCUGAUUGAUUUGCCCGUCCAGGGGGGCCAGGAGGAGUACAGCGGGAAGAACAUGGACAUUGUGCAGGUGCUACUGGACUUCAUGGAGAAGAGGAUAGACAAGCAGGGCGCCAACUACAAAGAGGGGCUGACCCCAGUUCUCAGCCUGCUGACCGAGGGCUCCAGGUACCACAGGGAGAUCCGCAGAUACAUCAAGACACAGGUGCUGCCCCCUCUGAAGGAGGUCAAGGUCCGGCCGGAGAUCGGGUCCACCGUCAGGAACAAGCUGGUGCGUCUCAUGACCCACGUGGACAUGGGUGUGAAGCAGAGCGCAGCAGAGUUCCUAUUUGUCCUUUGCAAAGAGAACGUGGACAACCUGUUGAAGUACACAGGGUAUGGUAACGCAGCAGGACUCCUGGUGGCUCGAGGCCUGCUGGCAGGGGGGCGAGGAGAGACAAAGUAUUCAGAUGACGAAGACUCCGACACUGAAGAGUACAAAUCGGCUAAACCUUUCAUCAACCCCAUCACGGGCCACGUGGAGGAACCCUUGCCUAACCCCAUAGAAGAGAUGACUGAGGAGCAGAAAGAGUAUGAGGCCCAGGAACUAGUCAACAUGUUCGACAAGUUGUCAAGGCAGCAGCUGAUUAGGCCCAUGGGGGUGAGGCGGGAUGGCUCACUGGCGCCCCUAGAGGAGGCUCUGAGACAGCCCACGACUGACAGCUGCAGCUCAGACUCAGACUAGAGCCACUACCACCCCAGACCCCAUAUACCUAUAAUAGGCUGUGUCCAACACAGUUCCCCUUUCCUCACACCCCUGUCUGUCUUUAUCUGUCUGUCAGACUGAAGGGGCCUUGCCCCAUAGGCUGUUCUGUUCUCUAAAGCUGACUUAUGCCUGACUUGAUACGACACAGGAAAGGACAGGAUUAAGGUCGAGCACAUGUUCCGACCACACCAUUGUUACUACUUAAAUGUAUGUUUAUUUGAUGUACCAUUUCUCUGCUCAGUGUUCUCAAAUUUGAUAGAAUAGAAGAUUAGCUCUUAAUCAAAUUGUACUGUAAACUGUACAGAUGUGAAUCACUGAAAGCAUGGUAGCCGGGGUGGGGUUUGACCAAAUUGUACUUGGAUAAGAAAUCAUUCCUUAGAUAUAAUUAUGUUGAUUUUGUAUUUUAUAUGUUGAAAGUGUCAAUAUUUAUAAGGAUGAGAAGUCUUUUUUUUCUUUUUUUUGUAACAUCUAGUGCUACGAUGAUCAGAGUAGUAGCCACUGGUUUUACAGUACCAGUCAAAAGUUUUUUCUUUAUUUUUAAUAUUUUCUACAUUGUAGAAUAAUAGAAGACAAUCAAAACUAUGAAAUAACACAUGGAAUCAUUUAGUAACCAAAAAAGUGUUAAACAAAUCAAAAUAUAUUUGAGAUUCUUCAAAGUAGCCACCCUUUGCACUCUUGGCAUUCUCUCAACCAGCUACACCUGGAAUGCUUUUCCAACAGUCUUGAAAGAGUUCCCACAUAUGCUGAGCACUUGUUGGCUGCUUUUCCUUAACUCUGUGGUUCAACUCAUCCCAAAACAUCUCAAUUGGGUUGAGGUCGGGUAAUUGUGGAGGCCUGGUCAUAUCAGAUGCAGCACUCCAUCACUUUCUUCUGGGUCAAAUAGCCCUUACACUUCCAGGCUGUGUGUUUUGGGUCAUUGUCCUGUUGAAAAACAAAUGAUAGUCCCACUAAGCGCAAACCAGCUGGAAUGGCGUAUCGCUGCAGAAUGCUGUGGUAGCCAUGCUGGUUAAGUGUGCCUUCAAUUCUAAAUAAAUCACAACAGUGUCACCAGCAAAGCCCCCCCACACCAUCGCACCUGCUCAUUCAUGCUUCACGGUGGGAACCACACGCGGAGAUAAUCCAUUCACCUUCUCUGCGUCUCACAAAGACAUGAUGGUAUGAACCAAGAAUCUCAAAUUUGGACUCGGUCUAAUCUCCGUUGGUCGUGUUUCUUGGCCCAAGCAAGUCUCUUUUUCUUAUUGGUGUCCUUUAGUAGUGGUUUCUUUGCAGCAAUUCGACCACGAAGGCCUGAUUCACGCAGUCUCCUCUGAACAGUUGAUGUUGAUACGUGUCUGUUACUUGAACUCCUGUGAAGCAUUUAUUUGGGCUGCAAUUUCUGAGGCUGGUAACUCUAAUGAACUUAUCCUUUGCAGCAGAGGUAACUCUGGGUCUUCCUUUCCUGUGGUGGUCCUCAUGAGAGCCAGUUUCAUCAUAGCGCUUUAUGGUUUUUGCGACUGCACUAGAAGAACUUUCAAAGUUCUUGAAAUGUUCUGCAUUGACUGACGUUGAUGUGGUAAAGUAAUGAUGGACUGUCGUUUUCUCUUAUGAGUUUUUCUUGCCAUAAUAUGGACUUGGUCUUUUACCAAAUAGGGCUAUCUUCUGUACCUUGUCACAACAACUGAUUGGCUCAAACGCAUUAAGGAGGAAAGAAAUUCCACAAAUUAACUUUUUAACAAGGCACACCUGUUAAUUGAAAUGCAUUCCUGGUGACUACCUCAUGAAGCUGGUUUAGAGAAUGCCAAGAUUGUGCAAAGCUGUCAAGGCAAAUGGUGGCUGCUUUUUGAAGAAUUUAAAAUAUAUUUGGAUUUGUUCAAAACUUUUUUUUGGUUACUACAUGAUUCCACAUGUGUUAUUUCAUAGUUCUGAUGUCUUCAGUAUUAUUCUACAAUGUAGAAAAUAGUAAAAAUGAAGAAAAACCCUUGAAUAAGUAGGUGUGUCCAAAUCUUUGACUGGUACUGUCCAUCGGAGUGUCUGAAGUCAAUGGAGAGAAAUAAUGAGAUGCAUGAAGUCGGGCAGUAAUUUAGCCACCGGUCCUAUAUGUAUGCUUCUGAAACAGUCCAGGCAAAGGAAUUAUUAUUAUUUUAUAUCAGUGGACAUGUAUCACAGCUGUAUACUGUUUAUUUUAAACCUAAACUUUAGAUGUUGCAAUUUAUUCAAGUGUGUAAUUUACUUCAUAAGCACACUCAAGACCCAAGGAAUAGUCAAAGCUAAAGGGAAAAACUGCAACAUAUUCCAAUUUCCUAUGGUGGCCGAUUUGGUAUUUGGAUGGUUUCUGCCUUACCCAUUGGACUCUUGACAUUCAGAAAUGUGUGUUAAAAUGACUGUUUUCUAAAUGUAACUUUUCAUUUGCCAAAAUCUGCAUGGUGUUAAUCUGUAUGAUUUUUCUAUUUUGAAGAUGCCAUUGAUUUAUGUAUGUAUAAUCUACUGGUGUAUAUAGAUACUGAGUGACAUUUCUUUGAAUAUUAUACAUUUCCUUGAAUAUUAUAUAUUGCUGCAUAUCAAAUAGAUGCAUAGGCCUUCUGUACAGGUUGAGUUUAUAACAUUGUUGACCAUCUCUCCAUUUGAAGAAAAUGGGAUGGUUGAGGUAUGGUUCUUUGGUUAGUGCACAGUACCGCUGUCUCAAGUGUGUCCCUUUGAUUUUAUCUGGCAGUCAUGGCAUGUGUGAAGGAGAGUAUUCCUUUAGCUUCCUUUAUACCUGGUGCUAACGUGUUCUGAUUUCAUCCACAUUCUGAUUUGAACUGGAUUAUCUUUUUCAGUUCAAGAAAACCACAUUUUAAUGGAAGGGCUAUAAAUAUAUCACCAUUUAGUUAAAGGGCAUCAGCAAGAUUAAAAUCUGUGAUCAUCUGGUCCCUAUUCCAGUGCCUAGUCCACUACACUAGCAAGGGGAGGGCACCACUUUUUCUUUUUUUCUUUAUAUAUAUAUAUAUAUUAGCUGUUCAGUCAGUAAUUGACUACAAGCAUUGCAUCAACCAAAGGUUUUGCGCCACUUCAUCGACUUUGCGGUCUGGCACCAAAUUCCUAUCAUGUGACGUGGUUAUCUAUGUUAAACACCUAUCCAAGCAAGGCAUCUGCAAUGUCGUCGGGCAAGAAUGCCACCAAAGUCAGAUUAUGGGCUCUAUUCAAUCUGUAUUGAUAAAGAGUUGAGGCAUGUGCAUACUAGGUUCGGUUUGCUCCUAGCGGAACUCGACAAGGCGAAGUGAGCGCCUGUGCCUCGCAUAUUCCCAAAAGACCUUCACAAUAGUACUGUUUGUCCCUUUUGAGACGCCGUAGCCAGUAUAUAUGUCCUCAAUAGUCUGAAUUGAUCUAAAAUGACUCAUGUUAUUAAUUUUGACGUUUUUGCCUAGGAGAUCUUAGUCACUCAAUUUUACAUCAAACUAAUGUUAUGUUCAGUAUUUCAAGUGAAAAAACAAGUAGUCUAGUUGAAUGGCAACAUACUUAAUUGAAGAAUCCCUACUGUUGACCAAUCACCGACAAAGGGAUGUGAAUUUAGGCUACCUCAAGAAAAAAUGUGGAUGAACAAUAUCGUCAAAUAUGCACAAACUGUUUCAGAUCAGAAGUAUGCUAGAAAUGUAAAGGUCAUUUUCGAUUGAGCCAACAUAUGCAGCCUCCACGAGUGUGGGAACAUUGUCUUUAACUUCCACAAUACAGAUUGAAUAGAGCCCUAGAUAUGUAGUAAGUACACUACAUUAAUGUCUCAUUCCAUAAUCAUGGAGUUGGUCUCCCCUUUACUGCUAUAACAGCCUCCACUCUUCUGGAAGGCUUUUCACUAGAUAUUGGAACAUUGCUGCGGGGACUUGCUUCCAUUCAGCCACAAGAGCAUUAGUGAGGUCGGGCACUGAUGUUGGGCGAUUAGGCCUGGCUUGCAGUCGGCGUUCUAAUUCAUCCUAAAGGUGUUCGAUGGGAUUGAUGUCAGGGCUCUGAGCCGGCCAGUCAAGUUCUUCCACUCUGAUCGACAAACCAUCUCCGUAUGGACCUGACUUUGUGCAUUGUCAUGCUGAAGCAGGAAAGAGCCUUCUCCAAACUGUUGCCACAAAGUUGGUAGCACAGAAUCGUCUAGAAUGUAAUUUAAGAUUUCCCUUCACUGGAACUAAGGGGCCUAGCCAAACCAUAAAAGACAGCCGCCAGACCAGUAUUAUUCCUCCACCAAAGGAGGGAAGGCCCACCUUCCCUCUGGCAGGUAACAUUCUCCUGGCAUCCGCCAAACCCAGAUUCAUCACUCCAGAGAACGCGUUUUCACUGCUACAGAGUCCAAUGGCGGUGAGCUUUACACCACUCCAGCCGACAUUGCGCAUGUAGAUCUUAGGCUGCUCGGCCAUGGAAACCCAUUUCAUGAAGCUCCCGAUGACCAGUUCUUGUGCUGAUGUUGCUUCCAGAGGCAGUUUAACUCAGUGAGUGUUGCAAUAGAGGACAAACGCGCUACAGUACUCAGCGGUCCCGUUCUGUGAGCGGCUGAGCUGUUGUUGCUCCUAGAUGUUUCCAAUUCACAAUAACAGCACUUGCAGUUUACCGGGGUAGCUCUAGCAGGGCAGAAAUUUGACACUAACUUAUUAGACUGGUGGCAUCCUAUGACAGUGCAGUGUUGAAAGUCACAGCUCUUCAGUAAGGCCAGUCUACUGCCAAUGUUUGUCUAUGGAGAUUGCAUGGCUGUGUGCUCGAUUUUAUACACCUGUCAGCAAUGAGUGUGGCUGAAAUAGCCAAAUUUUAAGGGGUGUCCACAUACUUGUGUAUGCUGGGUAGGCUGUUAAACAAAAAAUGCAUUGGGAUUUGAACUGGGAACCUUGUGUUGCAACCCACAUUUUAACACCCUCCAAUCUACCUGCCUGCAAGCGUUUUCUUUAUUUCACUCUCACCUACUGACCUUUCACGAAGAUCUGCUCACUGAGCUUUCAUCCACCAAUCAGUCCCGGCUACCUCCGGAGGUGGUCGGAAUGAUUUGACCACAAUCAUUUUUUGUUUUUGUUUUGUCUAUACUGUUCUAAAAAUGUGGGAAAGGACACUGGACCAAUGUUGGCACCAGGUGUAAACAGGGCUCAUGAGGAAAGAAAGUGUUAAAUUACAUAGCUAUUCUCACUCUGUAAUAAUUCAGUUAAUGAGAACAGAGAUUUAAAAAUGGUUUUACUUGGUAAAUGACCACUUACCUGCUCACUCUAGCUAGAACAUAAUGAAUUUAAAUAAUAUUUGAACUAUACUCCCUGUCAGUUGUUGCCUGGCUACCCAAACUCCUUUCUGCUGCCAAACACUACGCCACUAUCACAGACAUUUAGUUUCUUCUCCGCCAUGAGUCUCGAUCUGAUGCUGUGUUCAAAACAACUGGGAACUCAAAUCGCUGACUUCCGAGUGAAAGAACAGAUUGGGGGGGAUUUUUUUUUUUGAACGGUCAUCCAACUUGGAAUUCCAAGUUGGAAACUGGCAUCUUUCUAGAGCUGACUUUCUGACCUGAACACUGACAUAAUUUGACUUGUUUUUUUUCAGUUCCCAGUUUUGAAAGCACCAAGAGUACCUCCAAGAUGUUUUUAGGUAAACUUUCUGAUUGGUCCCAGAAACCGAUUGGGUUGGGUCAGCGUGAGAACACACGUGGGUAAAGCAGAGGUUUGAAAAUGUGUCAUUGGCUUUGCUACUCUGAUUGGUUAGAGAUGAUCCAAUCAAGAACUUUUUGUACAAUACCCCUAAAAUGUUGAUGUCACUAGAAACAACUUCAAUGAUGGCAGUCUCAGACUGAAGUAUGCAGCGAACGAUAGCGCAGCGGAAGAAUUCAUUUUGAGUCGUCAGGCAAUGUCAGUUGUCCUCCGCACAAAAAAACAAUGGAGCACACACACGAUCACUUGGGUUCCCAUUUGGAAGGAAAAAAUGAGUAUGUAUAUUUGAUGUGGCUUUUUUUAUAUGUAAAAAAAAUGUCAGGCCUCUUUCAAAGUUAUUAAAUAUGAACAGUCCUGAA